AUGCUCCGAAGUCAACAUGGAAGGCAACCAAUGUCUUCACUGGGAGAGCAAGUUGGAACCUCAACUGUUUCUGCUUCUUCUUCAACUCAUUCCAUCAUGAAGGACAAGAAACGGAAGAAGGAAAAUGUGGAUGAUCAACGAACGUGCUUGUCAGAUUCGGAUGAUGAUGAUGAGUUGGUGAUUAUUCCUUCGUCACCAUCUCCGAAACCAUCCACUUCAGUGGAACCACUGGUACCUCGUAAAAAGAUUAGAAAUAUUUCCGAAUUGGAAAAGUCAACCAGUCAACAAGCAUCAUCUGUUGUAAUUUUACCAACUAAGAGAGCAGAAAAAGAGGAAGAAAAUACUGAACUUAAUAAUCAUAUAGAAUAUGAAAACACAAAUAUGAUUGACACUAUUUUAAAACGGAAACGAGAUAAUGAUGGCAAAAUGAAAUAUUUUGUGAAAUUACGUGGGCAGUCUCAUUGGCAUUGUGAAUGGUUGUCACGAGAAGAAGUUCAGCAAAAUGCCACUCUCAAGCUCAUGUGGUUCGAAGAUCAUUAUGGAAGGGAUUUGGAAAUUGAUCUAUUUAAUCCAAAUUGUGAAAAAAUCGAGCAAAUCAUUGCUUCGAAUGGAAAUAAUUUUUUUGUAAAGUGGAAAGACGUUCCUUAUUCAGGUUGCACUUGGGAAACUAAGAAAGAUAUAUCAAAGCAUGGAUACAAUGCAGAUUUAUUUUAUACAUUCAUAACCACACACAGAAAAAAGGCCUACAAGAUACAUUCAGAAGAAGAACUUUCAAAAAAAAGAAUGGAAUCUCAAAAUUCUGCUCAUGACAUUUCAAAAAUUAGCGUCACUAACGUUGGAGGCCACAGUUUUGAAUUGUUUGACUAUCAACUUCAAGGCGUUGCAUGGAUGAAGUCUAUGUGGAUUCAACACAAAAAUUGUAUGCUAUGUGAUCAACCUGGACUUGGAAAAACAACACAAGUUGUGUCUUUUCUCAGAGCAAUGACCAUUUAUAAUAUUGUACCUGGCCCUUUUUUAAUAAUUUCUCCUCGAAAUCGAAUUGAACAUUGGAAAGAGCAAAUUAAUUUUUGGGCACCCGAUCUCAGAGUUGCAGUUUAUGAUGGUUUACAUGAAGAUAGAAUAAUUAUUAAGCAAUUCAUUAUUCAAACGAUUCAAAAGAGAGAUUUAACACCUACGGAUCGAAUGAAUUUCUCUGUAAAUAUUAUAUUGACAACCAGUGAAAAGACUUGUGGCUCUUUUAUUUCAUUGCUGAAUUCUAACAAUUCAACACAAAAUUUUCCACAAGAACUGCUCUUACGAAGAGAACGUCAACAGAUCCUUGAAUGUAUCAAGCCGAAAGCAGAUUUAUUACUUACCGUGAGUUUAACACCACUGCACAAAUAUUUCUUUCGACAAAUAUUUAAGAAGAGCACCUAUUUCAAUGCUCUCCUCAAUGUUUUUAAGAAUAAUGAUACUUCACAAUACUCUUCACUCUUUCAACAAAUGUUUUCAGAUAUUUUGAGAACAUGUGAACAUCCUUACUUGCAAUUCUUUCUCGACAAGGAAGAACCUUUUUCUCAGAACAAUGAAUUGUUCAUGAAGUAUUUCAUUCAGUCUUCCUCCAAGUUAGUUCUAUUGGACAUGAUACUGCAAAAAUGCAACUCUCAACAAGUACUUAUUUUAUCCUCUUAUCCAUAUGUGAUUGAAGAGAUGGUUCGCUUCAAAGGAUAUCACUAUCAAGUAAUUGUAUCUAAUGAGAAGACAAAUCAUGCAACAACCAAUAUUGCACCUAUUGUAAUUAUGAGCACUCAGGUUUAUCCAUCUAUUGAAUUAUUUAAUUUCGAUAAGAUUAUUGUCAUGGAUUCUGCUUAUCACUCAAUUAUUGAUGCACAACAUCUUGCAAGAUUUUGCAAAAUUGACAAAAACACAAUCAUUUUACGUCUCGUAUGUUGUGAAGAAUUUGAAACUAUGAUUUUGGAUUUAUCUGAAAAUGAAAGGACGAGAGGAAUUUUUUUGAAACAACUCUCAGAAUUGGAAACUUCAUUACGAAUUUUCGCAAACGAUUUAUUUAAAAACAACGAAACGGAUUCCUCAUUAAUAGCGAGAGAGCCAUCGGAAGAUGAACUAACUUCUACUCAAGAAGGUUUAGAAAUUUUACAAUCCAUCGAAUGGAUGCAACUAUCAGAGGACACUGUGUGGAAUGAAAUUUCACUUGCAACUCGACUGGAAUCUGAUCAGACAAGUAAUGCCUCGAACAUUCAUCUUUCCUCCCAAAACGAAUCAUCAUUCAAAAAAAGCAAUGUGAAAAUAUCCGUCUUUAAAAGGAAGGAAAACUCUGUAACGACAAGCUCUCUAAAAGAUCGACCUCAAAGAGCGGCAGAAAUUGUCGACAUGUGCAGUGAAAUAUUUUGGACGAGUCUUAUCAACAAUGGACAAUCUGAAGAUACAACAAAAAGCGCUGUGAAGAUGGAAAAUGAUGUCUCGAUCGAUAUCAAAAGAAAGGACACAACUGCCAUCGAAUUAUCUCUACAUCAUGAUGAUGAAAUGAUGGAUCUUUUUUUCGAUCAAUUUUUGAACUCUCCAGUUGUGGAAACGAUCGAAGAAGAAAGAUUAUACAGUGACGAAGAAAUUCAACAAUACUCUGAAACUGUGGCCAUUGAAUUAUCAGACAAUCUGAAUGCACUUGUUUCUCAAGUAGAGAGCAUGAGUGCCACUCUUAAAACAGUCAAAGAUGUCGCUCAGCGAAAGAAAACUGUCUCCAAUAUUCGAUCCUUGAAAUUUCAAAUUGAGGACGAAACGAUUCAAUUGAAAAUUAUUGAAAAACAGCUGAUCAACUCGAAAAUCAAAAUUUAUCCCAAUAACUCGGUCUCUGUGGUUGGAUUUUCUCCAAUGGAAAGGAUGAUUUUUGUGGCGACAUUAUGGAGGUAUGGUUUGGGAUUUCCCAAUAGCAACAAUAGCAAAGACGAGAAGUGGUAUGAAUUUUAUAAUAUUCUCAGAAAGGUUUCCAAAUUACGAAAAACAUUGAAGCAAGUGAUAGAAUUUGGAACCUUCAUGUUGGAUCAUUUCUCAGAACAAGUCGAUCAGCGCUAUUCACACUAUUCAGAUGGUACACCUACAGAUCGAUUGAAUAAUGUGAAAAUUUUGCAACAAAUUGCUUCCAUGUUUAUCAUUUAUAAUGUAGUGAACAAGUACAAGAACAUGCUCAUUGAAAACAAGGAUGAUUGGUCAGAAGUGGAAGCCAUUCUUGAACGAGAUCAGAACAGUCGACAUGAUGAUCACCCCACCAACAAAUUCAACAAAUUCUCUUCUGGAAUGGAAAAGAGUUCAUGA